AUGGAGGGAGAAUCCGCGGCAGACAAAUGUUAUCGGCCGUUGUCUGCUGAAGAAGAGGGAGGUGAUGGAAGCGAGGCCUUUGGUCCUGGUGGCGACAAAUUCAGUGACGAAGUUGAGGAUGGGGAAUUAGGGGUGGAGUCGGAUGCACAUGAGAAUUUCAGGAACAGCUUCUUUGACAACUGGGAAGAGAGAGCAGUCGACGGUAUUGCAGAGCUGGGGUGUAUCAAUUUCAAGGAAAUAACUACAAAGGAGAUUAUGAUGUGCCAUUUUCCGGAUCGAUCGGUGGCAUUCUUGUUUUACAGUUUGUAUGCGAAGAUGAAUGGUUUCGCCGUGAGGAAGAAUAAGAUUUGGCGAAAUGUGAGGAAUGAGGUUACACAACAAGAAUUUGUAUGUUUCCGGCAGGAGUUCAGAGAAAUGGGGUCUGUUAAUGACGGCAUGCGACGGAAACGUGAGCCAAAGGCAGAGACCAGAUGCAGCUGUGAAGUAGAAAUGCGCGUCCACGUGCACUCGGAAAGUGGUAGAUGGAUAAUAUCGUACUUUCAGGACAUUCACAACCACGAGUUGCUAGACAAUAGACUGACUUUCGCUACCGGGGCAUAG